GUAGUUGUUGAAAAACAAAACCCUAAGACUAGCUUAUAACUACAAUUCGCCGCAAAGAUUGAAUUUUUCUUUGUCUCUCACUUUCUCCUUUCUCUCUCUUUAUAUUUCACAUUCUCAAUAAACUCUUUCCAACCCCUUCACCACCGCUUUCAAUUAUGCGCAACUUUCAUGGAGUUAUGUGAUCAAAGAUUGGAUUUUCUUGUCUUAAAUCUUUGAUUUAUCACUUUUUGGGCAUGUGGGGUUUCUAGAUUAUCAUAAAGUUUUGAUUUUUAUAGCUUUCUUGGGUUGUUAGGGUUUGUGGGUAUAUUUUGUUGUGGUAUGAAUUAAGUGCUAAGUGCUUAAGUUUGUAAGAAAGAUGCUAUCUGAAUUUGGUCCAAGACCAAUGCUUGGUAACAAUGAUAAUUCGUUUGGUGAUGACUUUGAAAAAGAAUUAGGGUUUUUACUUAGGGAACAGAGGAAACAAGAAGCUGAUGAUCAUGAAAAAGAGCUAAAUUUGUAUAGAAGUGGUUCAGCUCCACCUACUGUUGAAGGUUCUUUAAGUGCAGUAGGUGGAUUAUUUAACAACAAUGGGUUUAUGUCUGAAGAGGAACUUAGGUCUGAUCCUGCUUAUUUAUCGUACUAUUACUCGAACGUAAAUCUUAACCCUAGGUUGCCUCCACCAUUGAUGUCUAAGGAGGAUUGGAGGUUUGCACAAAGGAUGCAAGGAGGAGGGAGUUCCGCGAUCGGGGAUAGGAGGAAAGUGAACAAGAAUGAUAAUGGGAGUAGUAGUGGUAGGUCACUUUUUGCUAAUCCUCCAGGGUUUAACUCGAAGAAACCCGAGACUGAGAAUGAGUCGGGUUCAGUAGAGUGGGGUGGUGAUGGGCUGAUUGGGUUGCCAGGACUAGGACUAGGUAGUAAACAGAAGAGCAUUGCUGAAAUUUUUCAGGAUGACUUUGGCCGUGUGUCUCCUGCUCCUGGUCCCCCUUCACGACCAGCUAGCCGUAAUGCUUUUGAUGAAAGUAGUGAUAACCUAGGUUCAGCAGAAGCUGAGCUGUCUCAUCUCCGCCAUGAGUUUUCAAAUUCAGAUCCUUUAAGGCCAUCAUCUAAUGGACAAGGCUCAUCUGCUGCUCAACAUGUUGGGGCGCCGCCUACUUCCUUUUCAUAUGCUGCUGCUUUGGGGGCUUCCUUAUCAAGAACCACUACUCCUGAUCCCCAGCACAUUGCUAGGGCUCCUAGCCCUUCCCUCACUCCUAUCGGUGGAGGAAGAGUAGCCACUUCUGAGAAGAGGAGUCUUAAUAGUCCAAAUUCAUUUAAUGGCGUCUCUCACACCGCCGAGUCUGCGGAUCUGCUUGCUGCUUUGUCAAGCAUGAAUCUUUCAAAUGGUAGUCAGAAUAACGCUAAGCAGCAGCAUGCAUAUAUGAAGAGAUCAGAAUCUGCACAGUUUAGUAUGUCUUCUAAAUCUCACUCUGCAAAAGGACCAUAUACCGAUACUGGUGCUGGCAACCUCCAAGAUGAUCUGCACAAAUCGGCGGUUGCCUCUAAUAAUUCCUACGCCAAAGGAUCUCAAACAUCCACCAUGAAUGGUGGAGGUGGUGUACUUUCUCAAUAUCCACAUGUGGAUAGUCCUUCCAAUUAUGGCCACCUUGGCAACUAUAAUCUGCCUCCUUUGUUUGAAAAUGCUGCUGCUGCGUCUGCGAUGGCCCUACCUGGAUUGGACUCUCGAAUGCUAGGGCCAUCUCACUUGAGCUCUGGGGUCUCAGAGCAGAAUCUCAGCAGAAUGGGAAAUCAAAUGGCUGGGAAUGCUUUACAGGCAUCCUUCAUGGAUCCUAUGUAUCUUCAGUACUUGACAGCUGAAUAUGUUGCACAAGUUGCCGCACUUAAUGAUCCUUCCAUGGAUAGGAACUACAUGGGUAAUUCCUAUGUUGACUUGCUUCAGAAAGCUUAUCUUGGUAAUGCACUAUCUCCGAAGUCACAAUAUGGUGUUCCACUCAACAGUAAAACUAGUGGUUCAAGUCAUCAUGGCUAUUACGGUAAUCCUGCAUAUGGAGUCGGUUUAUCAUAUCCUGGAAGUCCCUUGGCAAGUCCUGUCGUUCCUAACUCUCCAUUCGGUCCUGGUAGUCCAAUGAGGCACAGUGAUUAUAAUAUGAGGUCCCCUGGUGCAAUGAGAAACAUGACUUCAGGUGUAAUGGGAUCAUGGCACUUGGAUAACAUGGAAAACAGCUUUGCUUCCUCUCUGUUGGAAGAGUUCAAGAGUAAUAAGGCCAGGUGCUUUGAGCUUUCAGAAAUUGCUGGUCACGUUGUCGAGUUCAGUGCGGAUCAGUAUGGUAGCCGGUUCAUCCAACAAAAACUGGAAACUGCAUCCCCUGAGGAGAAAAACAUGGUUUUCCAGGAAAUUAUUCCCCAAGCUCUUACUUUAAUGACUGAUGUUUUUGGUAAUUACGUAAUUCAGAAGUUUUUUGAACAUGGAAUGGCAUCUCAGCGGAGAGAAUUGGCUGGCAAGCUCCUUAGCCAUGUAUUAACACUGAGCCUUCAGAUGUAUGGUUGCCGCGUGAUACAAAAGGCGAUAGAAGUGGUCGAUGUAGACCAGAAGAUUAAAAUGGUUGAGGAGCUCGAUGGUCAUGUCAUGCGUUGUGUACGAGAUCAGAAUGGGAAUCAUGUCGUCCAGAAGUGUAUUGAAUGUGUACCAGAAGAACACAUCCAAUUUAUUGUCACUACAUUUUUUGGUCAAGUUGUGAAUCUCUCUACUCAUCCAUAUGGCUGUCGUGUUAUUCAGAGAGUAUUGGAACACUGCAGUGAUCCAGUUACUCAAAGUAAAGUGAUGGUAGAAAUUCUGGGAUCUGUUAGCAUGUUGGCACAAGAUCAAUAUGGUAAUUAUGUUAUUCAGCAUGUACUGGAGCAUGGGAAGCCACACGAGCGUUCUACUAUUAUUAAGGAACUAGCUGGGAAGAUUGUGCAAAUGAGCCAGCAGAAGUUCGCCUCUAAUGUUGUUGAGAAGUGUUUAGCUUUUGGCGGUGCCAGUGAAAGGCAGCUCCUGGUGGACGAGAUGCUUGGCACGACUGACGAAAAUGAACCUCUUCAGGCAAUGAUGAAAGAUCAGUUUGCAAAUUAUGUUGUACAGAAAGUUUUGGAAACGUGCAGUGAUCAGCAACGUGAGCUGAUCCUUUCGAGAAUAAAAGUUCACUUGAAUGCUCUAAAGAAAUACACUUAUGGCAAGCACAUUGUUGCUCGUGUUGAGAAACUUGUUGCAGCUGGAGAACGAAGAAGUGCUGCUCAGUCUCCAAAUCUUGCUUAGCUUAUAGGAAAAAAGUUGUACAGCUGACCGAGGCUAGUUUGAGCUACCUCUCUUCCUUUAUUUUCUCCCGUAUCUUGUGCUCUAGCUCUAUGACUCUCUUUGAGGGCAGUAUGGGCUGAUUGCAAAUAAAGUUGUUGCUUGUACUAGAGAACUGUAUAUUGUGUAGUUCGACGUUUAUACAUAGGAUCAGGUUAUGCUGAGGCUCGGAUGUCAAAUAUUCCUGAUAGCCACGCAGAGGAAAUCAAGUCUCUAAAACGGUGUAUAAAUGAUAAAAAGGUGAGGUAGUUUAUAUAUCAACGUGACUGUACAAAAUGUCGCCAUGUGGAGAGUUGAUGUUUUAGGUGAAGCCAGAAUUUUUAUGUAUGGUAUUGACAAUUUUCUAUCA